AUGUCUGGGGGGGAACCGUCUGAUAAGAGUGCCAAAGGAAUGCGAGCCGUCAUUUUGGUUGGGGGGUACGGCACUCGUUUACGUCCACUCACCUUAACAAUGCCAAAACCUUUGGUGCCGUUUUGCAACAAACCAAUAAUUGUGCACCAAGUGGAGGCACUGCGAGACGCGGGUGUAACAGAAGUUAUUCUCGCCGUUGCUUACCGCUCCGAUGCGAUGAAGAAGACCAUGGAGUACUGGGCCAAGGAGCUUGGAGUUUCUUUUGCAUUUUCCCUAGAGGAGGAGCCCCUUGGGACAGCUGGACCACUGGCUCUGGCGCGUGAUAUUCUUCUUCAGGAUGAUCAGCCCUUCUUUGUUUUAAACGCUGACAUCACAUGCCGAUUUCCGCUGCGAGAACUUCUUUCAUUCCAUCAAAAGAGUGGAAAGGAGGGCACGAUCGCCGUGACGAAGGUGACGGAAUGGCAGAAGUACGGUGUUGUUGUCUUUGACGAGGCAACUGGGCUUAUUGACCAAUUUGUGGAGAAGCCGAGAAAUUUUGUGGGAGACCGCAUCAACGCCGGUAUUUACGUCUUUAACAAGAGUGUUCUUAGCCGCAUUAAGGUGGAGAGGACGUCCAUAGAAACGCAGGUGUUCCCACAAAUGGCCAGCUCCAAGCAGCUGUGCGCAUUUGUUCUCGAAGGCUUCUGGAUGGACAUCGGUGUCCCUAAGGAUUACAUUGAGGGCGUCAGCAAGUACCUGCGGUCGCUUAAUGGGACCCCGAAGGAGGCAAAGGAACUCUACAAGAUUGAUCGGGCCCACCGAAACGAUGAUUUCACCGUCAUCGGUUGUGUCAUCAUAGACUCCACCGCGAAAGUCGGACAAGGGUGUGUCAUUGGCCCAUUUGCGACUAUUGGUCCAGGUUGUGUGAUUGGUCCCGCGUCACGCAUCAAGAAUUCCGCGGUUCUCGAGGGCAGCACGAUCGGUAAGGGGACGCUCAUCGACUCAAGCAUUAUCGGCUGGAAGUCGAGGGUUGGCUCCUGGUGCAGAAUUGUCAACAAUGCUGUUCUAGGCGAGGACGUGGAGGUGAGGGACGAGUUGUUUCUUAACGGAACGAAAGUGCUCCCAAACAAGUCAAUCUCGCAGAACUAUCACGAGCCGGAGGUUGUUAUGUGA